CGCCCCCUCCUGCCGCCCGGGACCGGAAGUGACAUCGGAGGUGUCGGCCGGCGGGGCCAAAGCAUCGGCGAGAGGCUGAGGGGCACAAUGGCGGGAGAGCUGGGAGCCGGCGGGCAGGUGCACAGUGAUUAGAUCUGAUGCAGCGUCUGAAGUGGAGUGUGUCACCAUGGAGAGUAACGAUGGAGGUCCUACUGCCAACCCUCUUGAGCCUCUCAGUGGUGCCCAUCUUGUCACCGGUGGUUGCACACGUUGGACUUGCCAGAGCCUUGAACAUUGGGACUUCAGCAUCUGAUCGUCGAGCUGGAGCUGGCAAUGAAAUGGACAAUGGCGGAAAUGCGGGAUCGGUUGUAGAAAGGGGAACCUUCACCUGGGCAGUUCAUUUAUCACUGGGAAAUGACUCUGGCACCAGGAAGGCCUUGUCACUCGAUCGGCUUGCAGAUGAACUCGCAGAGUUUGCUGAUCUCGAGAACCGGGGGCAGAUUGGGGAAUUGGCUGGACAUUACCUCUUUGCUCUCCCGCCGCAUCGAUGUAACCACAGUGGCCUGGAGGAGGAGACAGUACUGAGGAUCCGUACUUCCAUUGAGGCCUUGCUUGCCCAACAUGACAGUGUGCGGUGGCAUUCCGAACAAAAGCUGCUCAAGCGCUCCAAACGGAGUCUCCAUUUCAAUGACCCGAAGUACCCAUUCCAGUGGCACCUGCACAAUCGGAGGAAGCGAGGGAUGGACAUCAACGUCACGGGCGUGUGGGAGCGCAAUGUCACUGGCGAAGGUGUGACGGUGGUGGUGGUCGAUGAUGGCGUUCAGUACACCAUUCCGGACAUACAGGUCAAUUAUUCUCCCGAAGGAAGCUACGACCUGAAUUCGAACGAUGAGGACCCCAUGCCCCACCCAGACGACCACAGUGAUAAUCACCACGGGACUCGAUGUGCUGGUGAGAUUGCUGCUGCCCCAAACAACUUCUGCACAGUCGGUGUGGCCUUUGGAAGUCGUAUUGCAGGUAUCCGUGUACUGGAUGGACCACUGACCGACAGCAUCGAGGCCAUUGCUUUCAACAAACACUUUCAGAUCAACGACAUUUACAGCUGCAGCUGGGGUCCGGACGAUGAUGGGAAGACGGUGGAUGGUCCCCACCCACUGGGGAAGGCCGCGUUACAGCACGGCGUCAUGGCUGGCCGUCGUGGCUUUGGAAGUAUCUUUGUGGUGGCCAGUGGGAAUGGAGGGCAGUACGAGGACAACUGCAACUAUGAUGGUUACGCCAACUCCAUCUAUACCGUCACCAUUGGGGCCGUGGAUGAAGAAGGCCACAUGCCAUUCUAUGCAGAGCAAUGUGCCUCCAUGCUGGCAGUCACCUUCAGCAGUGGCGACAAGAUGAUGAGAAGCAUCGUGACCUCUGACUGGCAGAUGCAAGACGGCACUGGCUGCACUGAAGGGCACACUGGGACCUCGGCUGCUGCACCGCUGGCUGCGGGAAUGGUUGCAUUGAUGCUGCAGGUUCGCCCAUGCCUCACGUGGCGGGAUGUUCAGCACAUCAUUGUCUUCACGGCUACGCGGUUUGACAACCUCAUCGCUGGUUGGGAAGUAAAUGGAGCUGGAUUCAGCCACAGUCACCAGCAUGGUUUUGGCCUGCUUAAUGCCUGGCGCAUGGUGAACGCUGCAAAGAUCUGGGAGUCCGUACCGUUCCUCAGCUCUUACGCCAGCCCUGUUGAGAAAGACAAGAAGCUCAUCCCCCUAAGCCCUGGCAAGCUGGAGAUCACCUGGAAUGUCACCGCCGAUGGCUUAUACUUGUCGGGCUUGAAGACUCUGGAACAUGUGGCGGUGACUGUGUCCAUAUCACACCCAGCCCGUGGCGCCCUGGAGCUGACGCUACACUGCCCCAGCGGCAUGUCAUCGCUCAUCGGAGCCAAACGCCUCAUGGACAGGGAUGCCUCUGGCUACACUGACUGGAUGUAUUCCACUGUACGCUGCUGGGGUGAGCGGGCACAAGGCAUCUACAAGUUGGUCAUUCGUGACUUGGACACCGAAGCCCAACGGAAGAAUGGUUUCCUCACACAAUGGCAACUCACGCUGUACGGAUCCUCCUGGUCGAUUAAAGACGUCAAGCGCCGACAGAGGGUUGUUGAAGAAGCUAUGAGUGGACAAUUCCUGAACGACAGUUUCUCGUUGCCUUGUCCCCCUGGAUUGGAGAUUGCAGAUCAGGAAUGGAAUUAUAUGACCCCCAACACACUGAAGAUGCUGCUCCUCCUGGGUUGUUUCUCCAUUUUCUGGUCGAUUUACUACACGCUGGAGAUUAUUUUCUACCCCAGGAAAGAAGUGAGGUUCAGCCUGCUGCACGGGAACUCUAGCCGGGGACCCUACCGAACCUUGUGUGAAGUGGAAGCUGACAAACAUGCAUCUGAAUUAAUCCCAUUGCACAGUGUGGACGGCAGUGAGACUGGAGAGCAGCAGACAUCAAACAAUGAGGAGGCCAGGCUUAUAAAACUCGGGGAGCCUGACUCCAGUCACCACAUGCUCAACGUUGCCUUGACUGUUCCGGAGGAGACGGGGCAAGACCAGUCCAUACCAUUCCAUCGAGACGCACACGGGGACGGCGAGAGCUCCUCGUUGUUUUGCUCGUUUGACAACAGAUUGACUCAACAUUCAACGAUGUUGUCCGGAUCACACUCGGACUGAUGAAAAUUGAAGCAACAUAAAAUCUCGAGGUAUCUUUGAAAUCAGCAGCCACAGCAUGGACUCAUCCACCCUAGGACCUACAGAUUGGACCUGACGAUGGCGACCACAAUGCUCAAGAGAGGCAUCCCAAAUGGAUCAGGUCUAUCAGUGUGGAGAACUAUUUAUUUCCCUCUCUCUCCUUCCCUCUCCCACACCCCCGCCUCCUCCCUCUCACCCUUCCCCAAUCUCUCUCUCCCUCUUCCUCGCUCUCCCUUCUCACAUCGCUCCUCUUUUCUCUCUUCCAUUUCUCUAUCCCCCCCAUCACUCUUAUGCCAUUCUUCCCACUUUCUCCUCCUCUCCACUUCUCCUCCCACCCCCUCGUCCGCCUCACUCCCUCUAUCCUGCUUCUCCUCACCCCUCCCUCUCCUCACUUCCCCCUUCCUUUCUCCCACUCUCUCCCUCUAUCCCACCCUGUACCUCAGCAUCAGCCUGGGUUAAACAUUCUCUGUCUAUUCAUACAAUCAGUGGAGAAUGUUUACAUCCAGAGUCACUACUGCAGCUUGGGCACCUUCGGAAGAGCUGCAAAUCACUUAAAAACUGGUUUGUUCAAGAGAUCCACAGGGACCUUGCGCUGGCUCGUUUCAAUGUGUUUGUGAAGAUGAGCCAAGGACAAGAUCGCAUGCCAGACACGGGCCACAUUCACUUCCACUUCUGGCCAGCUCUCUGAGCUGCGCAUGAGCUGCCUGCGGUACAGAGCGUGUCCAGAUAUCUAUGUUGCAAGUCUCCACUCUAGAUUGGGCCGCAAUAGACGAUGACCAUUUUUUAAAAAAAACCUGCCUUCAUUGUGACCGCGAUCAGCCGUCGGGAAGUCUACGCCCGUCACGGGUCCGGUCACGCACGAGAUUACCUGCAGCCUCCCGGUCAGAAACGGUAAAUGGAUCAUUACCGUCUGGAACCUGCCCGUAUCGAAGCAGUUUUGUGAUCCAGGUCCUGUCUCGUAUCGUGGGAGUUCCAAUUUUCCUGGCUGGGUUUUCAAUUACCGAUCACUUGUUCAAUUGUUUAAGCAAAAUGUGGCUCCAAAGCAUCGUGUUUUGUGCCUGUACUUGAAAUGAAAUUAACCGGUACACUGAUGCCAGUGAGAAGGGCAGCACUAUAAUAUGGUUUGGGUACAAAAUGGCCUUUGUCCCUGGGGUCAGUCAGAGGCCACAGGGUGACCACGUUGAACGGACCCUAAUCCAAUUGCUCUUGCCUUUUUCAUCCAAACGGAGCGGUACUGAGAGAUACUCCUAAUAUUCAGGCAGUGCAAUAAUUACUGGGAGACAUUUGGUUAUUUUAUUUACUCUGGUACGGCUCAUCUCCCUGUAUGUAUAUCCUCACUCAGUGAGACAACUCACACUCGGAACAGAGUCAGAGCGUUGAAAUUUGCUCAAGUACCUCAAAAUAAUAGGUACACAAAAAUACUGGAGAAACUCAGCGGGUGCAGCAGCAUCUAUGGAGCGAAGGAAAUAGCCUCAAAAUAAUAGUUCGGUUUGACGGUAAAUUUACAGUUCACAUGGGCAAAGUAAUAUUUAAAGGGUUAAUGAUUAAUAUUUGCAGUGCUUUCAUAAUCUUCCCCAUUUCAGAAAUUGAUUCCAUUGAGGUUGGCUGUUGCCUUUGAUUUAUACUCUGGUGUUUUCCAGGGAACAUGAUCGUUUUAUCACUGGAUGAGACUAAAUGAAUGAAUGAGAGUGUUCUGUGAGAGAACACAAACUCGGGGAGGGGGGGGGGAGUGAGGUUUGACAGCAGCAUUGUCAUCUCUGUUUAGUCAUGCUGAGAGUUGUGUUAGUUCUGUCAUGGCCAGCAUUUCAACUGCUCAGACAGUAACUAUACCUCUGUUAAAAGAGCACCAUUGUCCAACACAGCGUCCCUUGCGGGGUUUCUGAUCCAGUUUUGAGACAAUUGAGCCCCUGCCGAACGUCAAGGAAACAUCUGUACAGCCAGCUGUUAUGUCACUGGAAACGCACCACAGGUGGCUGGAGCAAGUGAUUGAAUUCUGAAGGCCAGUGAUCAACAUAGACCGUGCAAUAGAGAACUCCAAUUCAAAGGACGGCUGCAGCAAUGGGUGGAGGGGAGCAGGGGAGGUUUGUUCUCUCGAUUCAGGUUCACCAUGUAAACCUCUGACAACUUCUGACAGGCUGGCUGUGGGAUUUAGAGUCUGCCCAGGGAGAUAUCACUUCAAUCAUGUAAUGAUACGUUGAAAUUGUUGGCUUAUCUUAUUUCUAGACAUUACGGAAUCAGUUUUCCACAUUGAAAAUCUCCCCACAGUUAUUGUGCUUUGUGAAUGCUUAGUGCUGCCUCCAUCUCCGUGGCUCAUCCAGACUGGAUUUACUUCUUUUUGGUAUAUAUCGGUGAGUGGUGGAAAUAGCAUUUACAUCCAGAUUUCUGUAACAGCUGGGACCCUAUGAAAGGAGCAGGGAGUAUAGGCCACGUUAAACUUUAUUCUUUAAAUCACUAACUUCUUGGAAACUGGAAUUAUCGUGCUGAACUCAGGGUUGCUUAUGUGAUUUUUUAUUUUGUGAAACCGAAUUGUGAACGAACUUGCGAGGUUCGGAUCAGUUCAAAUGCUGCCUUUUGUUCCCACAGAGCCAGCUACCCAAGGUGGAGGGUUUGUUAAUGGGGUGUAAAUUUUCAAUUGUUUCAAUUUGUGUAAUCAAUUCAUUGACGUGAGUGAAUGUAAGCCAUUGGUCAUCAUAGAUUUAAUUGUCUUUAAGAAUGCACUGAUUAACAUUUUUGUGUAAAAUUCCAUCGCCCACAGGUUUAGCAGAAUUGUUGAACCUCUGAUCUUUAAUAUAAUAAAUUGCUGCACAGAAGUAAAUGUGUCAACCAGUGCACUCUCCAGGAAAGGGUAAACAAGCAGAGGAGGGGACGUUGAAGUGAAGGGAUAAAAGGAUGGCCUUUGUUGAACAAUAUAAGUCGCAAUACCACCCUUGCAAAUCCUUGCAUAAUAACAACAUUGAAAAUACAUUUACACAGGUACAUGGAACUGUUUAGAGGGCUAUGGGCAAAUAGAGUUAUCGAGUCAUAUUCGGUGGAACAGGCCCUUCGGCCCAACUAGCCCAUGUCCACCAACAUACCACAACUGCACUAGUCCUACCUGCCUGCUUUUGGUCCCAUAUCCCUCUAAACCUACGGUAGACAAAAGUCUGAAGAAGGGUUUCGGCCCAAAACGUUGCCUAUUUCCUUCGCUCCAUAGAUGCUGCCGCACCCGCUGAGUUUCUCCAGCACUUUUGUCUACCUUCGAUUUUCCGGCAUCUGCAGUUCCUUCUUGAACAUUCCCUCUAAACGUACUCUAUCCAUGAACCUGGCCUUGUUUCUUCAAUGUUGCGAUAGUUCCUGUGACAACUACCUCCUCCGGCAGCUCGUUCCAUAAACCCACCUCCCAUUGUGUGAAAAAGAUGCCCCCCAGGUUCCGGUAAUAGGUCACCUGAAGACCUGGGUAGGGGAGGUGGCAUUGAACAAGCCUUGGCUUCCACACAUUUAGUUUAGAGUUACAGCACGGAAACAGGCCCUUCCACUCACCGAGUCCAUGCCGACCAGCGAUCUCUGCACACUAACACUAUCCUACACACACUAAGGACAAUUUACUAUGAUACCAUACCAAUUAGCCCUCAAACCUGUACGUCUUUGGAGUAUGGGAGGAAACCAAAACACCUGGAGAAAACCCACGCGGUCACGGGGAGUACACACAUACUCCGUAUAGACAGCACCAAUAGUCAGGGUCGAACCCGGGUCUCUGACGCUGUGAGGCAGCAACUCUAGUCUCAACAUUUCUUCACAUUUAAAGUGUGGAAAUCUAAUACAAACUAAUCAAACUUUGAUCGGAUGGCUGGGUUGGUGACAUGUUGUAUAGUGCGGAAACAGACCCUUUGGCUCACCGAGUCCAGCCUGACCAGCGAUUGCCCCGUACACUAGCACUAUCCAACACACUGUGGACAAUUUACACUUUACAGAAGCCAAUUAGCCUGUACAUCGUUGAGGUGUGGGAGGAAACCGGGGUACCCGAAGAAAACCCACGUGGUCACAGGGAAAACGUACAAACACCCGACAGGCAACACCCAGAAUCAGGAUCGAACCCGGGUCCCUGACGCUGUAAGGAAGCAAAGAUGUGGAGACUUUGGAGAGGGUGCAGAGGAGGUUUACCAGAACGCUGCCUGGAUUAGAGGGUUUCAGCUACAGGGAGAGGUUGAACAGACUUGGAUUGUUUUCCCUGGAAAGUCAGAGGUUGAGUGGAGAUGGUAGAAGUAUUUAACAUUGAGAGGCAUCAUUGGGGGUGGACAGUUAGGACCUUAUCCACAGAGGGGAAAUGUCCAACACUAGGGGGCAUAGCUGUAAGGUGAGAGGGGUGAAGUUUAAUGGAAACAUAUGAGGCAAGUUAUUUACACAGAGUGUGUUGGGGGCAUGGAACGUACUGCCAGGGGUGGUGGUGGAGGCAGAUAUGUUAGUGACAUUUAUGAGGCUUUUAGAUAGGUAUAUGGACAGGGAUGUGGAUCUUGUAUAAGCAGAUGAGAUGGUUUUACAAAAAUAAUGUGGAAGGGCAUGUUAUGAUGAGGACAUCGCGAUUCUACAUCAAGGUAUAGACACAUUGAAUAGCUGGGCAAACACCUGGCAAAUGGAGUUACGUGCAAGAAUGUGAGAGGCCAUAAGACAAAUCAAAAGGACUUUUAACUAAACGGAGAAAGUGAACACAAAAGUGAAGUUCAAAGGGUACUUCAAGAAGGUCAAAUAAGGAUAGGACACAAUCAGUAAAUGGAAGGGCCUCGGAGGUGUUGGUGAAUGGAGGGACCUUGAGGUACAGAUCCAUACAUCACUGAGGACAGGACAGGUAGAUAUAGGCUAGUCAAGAUGCUUGCCUUCAUAAACCAGGACACAGACUGUUAGAAAAUUGAUUGGUUAAGAAGGAACUACAGAUGCUGGAAAAUCGAAGGUACACAAAAAAGCUGGAGAAACUCAGCGGGUGAGGCAGCAUCUAUGGAGCGAAGGAAAUCGGCAACGUUUCGGGCCGAAACCCUUCGUCAGACAGUAAGAUAAUUGGUAUUUGUUUAUUGCUGUAAUGUGUUCUAAGAUACAUUUUACAACUUAAUAAAAUAUUGGAGAGUCUGAAGAAGGGUCUCGACUCGAAACGUCACCCAUUCCUUCUCUCCAGAGAUGCUGCCUGUCCUGCUGAGUUACUCCAGCAUUUUGUGUCUAUCUUCUGUGUGAUGUAUGGUGUUUGAUGCUGGGGGUUUUCAUCUUGCAAUCACAGCACUUCAUUCACCCCACCUUCUGCACUGUGGCCCAAAGCAUGCUCCAAACACAUAGGCUGAACAGCUGUUGCUUCACCUGUUGCCUGAUUACGUCGAGUUAAACUGUAAAUGCACUAACAUUGUAAUUGACAAACAGGGAACAAUUAAACAGUGAAAGAGAAUUACCCGUACUGUAAUAUCCUUAAGGGUCCUGCCCCAUCGAAUACUGUGCAUUUUGUUGUGGGCCAUUAAACUAUCAGUGUACAGAUGGAUAUCUAAAACUUAACAUGGGUACUGCUCUGAGGUUACAGAAUAAUGUGAAGUUAAGGAAUAUAUCUAUUUAAUAGCCUAAAAGGUGUUGGAUAUGGUCUGGUGUCAUUUCGUCUCAGUCUUAAAUAUAUUAAGCAGUGGUACGCGUGUGAUACGUAACGCAUGACUGACCUGGCCAGUGAAUUUCACUACACCAAUUGGUGUAUGUGACAAUAUAUGAACCUUAUGAACGAUGUCGCAGUUCGAUGAGUCAUUAUUUGGCUUAUAGCCUCUUCAAGGGACAGGGAUGACCAGGGCCAUUGGCGGUCCACACCGGUAGAGACACUAACAGUGCCCCACUUUCAGCUGGGAGAGGGUGUUCAAGAGUUAGACACAGCACUUAGGGCUAACGGAAUCAAGGGAUAUGAGGAGAAAGCAGGAACGGGGGACUAAUUUUGGAUGAUCAGCCAUGAUCAUAUUGAAUGGCGGUGCUGGCUCGAAGGGCCGAAUGGACCUAUUUUCUAUGUUUCUUGACAUCAUCAGCAGCUACUGUAGGAAGACUUCUCCUCAGGCUUCGUAACAGCCAACAAAAUUGUUCACAGCCAAGACACACAGGUUGGAGUGGUAGACAGUGAGAUAACCGCUGUUCUAUCAGUUACCAUUUGAUGCACGGACAACUUUACAUGUAAAGAAAAUUAUCAGGUUAACAUUGAAUUUUUUUCGUAUCAUGGCCUGAGGGUGGUGGUG